GGUUGAUAACCAAACCAAAAUGAAAAUGAUUGAAAACUUAGACAGGGACAAGAGGUCAGAUGUUGGCAAACGCUAUAUUCCAUCAAAGGAAGAAAUGUCCCAAACGUUGUUUGAUAAAACGCUGGAUGAUUUUGUAUCGGAGAAGAGCAAACAAUUUCUAACUCGACUGCAGAUUGACGACAGUUUUCUUCAGGAAGAUAUAUCUUCUUGGGAUGAUAAUGCUGCUUUUCUGAAAGCUAAAAGUAGGAUAAGUCGGUUGAAGGUUGUAAAUGACACUGCUGAGAGGGCUGUCAAAUUAAUGCAAGAUUUUCAAGGACUUAUCACGGCGGAAGAAGAACAAAAACAAUACCUGUUGCGCUGUGUCAACGAACAUAGACAUUUAUAUCCGGACUGUAAAAAAACCACACUAAAUAGAAGUUACCCUGCCUGAUUGUUAUUAUUUUAUGUGUUUAAAUAAAUAUAAAUAUUACAAUAAAUUCAUUUUCCAUUUUAUUCACUUCAUUAAUUUCAU